GCGUCAACUCCGCUAGUCUUUUUUUAACAGCUCCACAAGAGGAAACGUCAAAACACCCACUUCCCUUGACAUUCCUCGCCGUUUAUUGGCUUCAAUUUUUAUUCCUUCACCAUCUGUGGAUCACAACUUCAUAGGUUUCGUUCCUAUACUUCCCCGUUUCGAUCCAGUACCCUCAUCUUCAACCACUAUUUUUGCUGAUUUAAAUAACAGAAUCAACCAUGGCAACGCAUGGUUACAGUGGAAACUCCUUUGAUCGUUGGGUUGAGCAGUCAUCCAUUCAUGGUACUGCUAGUGACAACACAAUGAAUAAGAUGCAGCACCAGUUCUGGGUUGCCAAGCAAACCAUCUUGAGAAGGCUUGGCAAAAAAGAAGAUGAUUGUGUAGUAGCCUCUGAUGCUGAACUGGAUGCCAAGCUGGAACUGUUUUUGUCCAUCCAAGAAACAUGUUCCCAACUGUACAAAGUUGUAGAGCAAUAUCAGGAAAGACUACAAGUUCUUGCCCAAGAGGAAAAUACUUUUGGCCACUUCCUGCGAACUAAUGGAGAACUAGACAAAACAUGUGCUGGUAAGAUGAUGAAUGCUGUUGGAAAGGCAAUGAUCUAUUCAGCUCAGCAGCGUGUUAGUUUGCGCUCUCCGCUGACCCGCCUGUACCAAGAAGUGGAAACGUUUUGCCAAAGAGCUGUUGAAGAUACCUCUUAUACUGUUAAUGAAAUGGAAAAAUGUCGCAAUGAUUAUCGGGGUGCGUUACUCUGGAUGAAGAACGUCUCUCAGGAACUGGACCCAGACACUUUCAAGCAAUUAGAAAAAUUCCGUCGUGUGCAGAGUCACGUCCGCGCUAGCAAAUCUAAAUUUGAUCGCCACAAGCUGGCUUGUCUACAGAAAAUUGAUUUACUGGCAGCUGCGCGUUGCAAUAUGUUCUCUCAUGGUCUUAUUGUGUACCAGGAUAACAUGGCCACAUUUUGGAAGAGAACUUCGAGUGCUAUGACUACUGUUUCUGAAGCUUAUAAAGGUUACCAGCCUUAUGAGUUUACUUUUGUGAAAGGGUUGACCUAUCCUUCACUGAAGCUAGCCGCCGAAAAAUCCUCGUCUCCUGAGCCAAAAUUCGAGUUCUUUUUUGAAAGCGAAUUUCGCGAUGAAGAAAAGCCAGAUACUUCAAGUCGAAAUGAGGAUUGCAAGAGUGCACAAAGAGAAAAGUCAACCACUAACAAAGGACGUUCCAAGUCUAAAUCGAACAAGAAAGAAUCGUCAGAAAGCAAACCAUUACUUGGAAAAUGUUCUGAUGAUCUUCUAGGAGGCGACGGGAUGGAUGAUCUUUUAGGAUUGGACCUCACCAGUGGCAAUGAUUCUGACGCUUUGCUUCUGGAAUUGGCUUCUUUGGAUUUUGGACAUCUUCCUUCGACAAUGGAUGAGCCCUCACAAGGCCUCGUAACAAACGAUGAUCUGACAUUCCAAAAUGACCAAUCGUUUCUAGCUAACUUCGAUCAAGUUUUCGGGUCAACUAAACCAGAAACUGAGGGCGAUUGGAAUUCUUUUCUACCUUCCCAUUUUCUAACAAGCAACUUUGUUAGUGACGAGUCAUCUCUUUUGCUUUCGGACACGUCUGCGCCUUCGUUGCUGUCUGCUGAAUCGAAUGCUCCAAAGGACUCUACCGAGAAAAAAAAUCUGAGCGAAAACACUUCAAAAAAGGCGAUGGGCAAAGACAUGUCAUCCUGGUACAAUCUUUUUGCCGAUCUCGAUCCACUAGGGAAUCCCGAUGCUUUGAGCAACAACAAAAAGGAAGAUGACGAUCGUAAUUGUUAAUUUUUUUAACACAUACGUUCAUGUCUUCUCUACAUUAUUCUAGUCUGUUUUCUGGUCUAAAUGUCAACAAUCAAUCAUUGUUUUUAUUUUAUUUCUUUGCUUCACAUUUAUUUCUGGAUUAUGAUAUUUUCAAAGAAUACAAUCAAUGCUUUAGGAAA